UUUGACUUUGCUGUAUCAGGCGCUUCCAGAUGGGCCCCUGCUGUCACCCAGCCUGCUCCUGCUUUUAAAGGGACAGCUGUCCACAAUGGGGAGUUCAAGGACAUGAGCCUCACUGAUUUCAAGGGCAAAUACCUGGUCCUUUUCUUCUACCCACUGGAUUUCACAUUUGUGUGUCCGACAGAAAUCAUCGCAUUCAGCGACAAGGCCAACGAGUUCCACGAUGUCAACUGCGAGGUGGUCGGAGUGUCUGUGGACUCUCACUUCACCCACCUGGCAUGGAUCAACACGCCACGAAAGGCUGGAGGCUUGGGAAAUAUCCACAUCCCUCUGCUCUCAGAUCUCAACAAGCAGAUCUCCAGAGACUAUGGUGUGCUGCUGGACGGUCCAGGAAUUGCUCUGAGGGGACUCUUCAUCAUUGAUCCAAAUGGCGUGGUGAAGCACAUGAGUGUGAAUGACUUGCCGGUGGGCCGCUGUGUUGAAGAGACGCUUCGUCUAGUGAAGGCCUUCCAGUUUGUGGAGACUCACGGGGAGGUGUGUCCGGCCAGCUGGACCCCUCAGUCCCCAACAAUCAAACCAACACCAGAAGGAUCCAAGGAGUACUUUGAAAAAGUCAACUGAACACUUCACAGCAGACUCAAGGCUUAAACGUGGUACAAAUCUAGAAAUAUACUGAGUUUACACAUGCAUUUACUCAUAACAUCUGGAUGCUCUAAUAAACAAACGCUUUAUAAACCACA